CACUAGUGCCGAUAACUUAGGCACUGUUUCUCUUCAAAAACGCAUUUUUUUCUCCAUAAAGCUUCACACACACUCUCUCUCUUUGAAACUGCUACCUUAACUUUGUUGCAAUGGCUGACACACCUCCAUUGAAAGAUGAGCUUGACAUUGUGAUCCCCACCAUAAGGAACCUUGACUUUCUUGAAAUGUGGAGGCCAUUUUUUGAGCCUUAUCAUUUGAUCAUUGUUCAAGAUGGUGACCCCACCAAGACCAUUAAGGUUCCUCCUGGUUUUGAUUAUGAGCUUUACAACCGCAAUGACAUCAACAAGCUUUUAGGUCCAAGGGCCUCUUGCAUCUCCUUCAAGGAUUCUGCUUGUCGUUGCUUUGGCUACAUGGUGUCUAAGAAGAAGUACAUCUUCACCAUUGAUGAUGACUGUUUUGUUGCCAGUGAUCCAUCUGGAAAACAGAUUAAUGCACUUCAGCAGCAUAUUAAGAACCUUCUCUGUCCAUCCACUCCAUAUUUUUUCAAUACCCUUUAUGACCCCUUCAGAGAAGGUGUAGAUUUUGUUCGUGGAUAUCCUUUUAGUCUUCGUGAAGGUGUACCAACUGCGGUUUCACAUGGACUUUGGCUUAACAUCCCUGAUUAUGAUGCUCCUACACAGCUUGUGAAGCCUCUUGAGAGGAACACUAGGUAUGUGGAUACUGUUCUGACCAUACCAAAAGGAACCUUAUUUCCCAUGUGUGGAAUGAACUUGGCAUUUGAUCGUGAUCUUAUUGGACCAGCAAUGUACUUUGGUCUAAUGGGAGAUGGUCAACCAAUUGGACGCUAUGAUGAUAUGUGGGCUGGCUGGUGCUGCAAGGUGAUCUGUGAUCAUUUGGGGCUAGGAAUCAAGACUGGUCUGCCAUAUAUCUAUCACAGCAAGGCAAGUAACCCAUUUGUAAAUCUGAGGAAAGAGUACAAAGGUAUAUUCUGGCAGGAAGACAUCAUUCCAUUCUUCCAGAAUAUUGUUCUUCCAAAAGAAUGCACAACUGUUCAAAAGUGCUACAUUGAACUCUCCAAACAAGUCAAGGAAAAACUUUCAAAGGUAGAUCCUUACUUUGACAAGCUGGCAGAUGCUAUGGUCACUUGGAUUGAAGCUUGGGAUCAGCUUAACCCUGUUGGAGGCAAAAAAUAAAUCAAUCAUGGUUCACAGCCACUGAAUUAGAAGUGGAAAUUUCUGUACUUUUUUUUUUUAGUAUUUCUUUUCAAGUUACAAUUAAUGUCACUUAAAUUUUGCAGCAUUGCUAGCUGUAAUUUUUUUUAAACUUCAUGCUUUGUGCUUAAAACAAUAAAGUACAAUGGUCUAAUUCAUUGUUUUGUUGUGAUUUUUGUUCCAUUGUAGAGAUCACAGCAGGACCUUAUCAUUUGGGUUUUAAUAAAUUUCAUUUUAUCUCUCAGUGU